AAGAUCUCAAACGCAAAUCCAAAAUGUCCCUCAAACUCGAUGUCAAUGAAGUGCGCACAAAUCUGCAGCGUUUCGGUUGGCCCGACUAUUUGGUGUUUAUCCUCAUGUUGGCCAGUUGUGCCCUGAUAGGCAUUUACUUUGCCCUGAAAAUGCGUAAAAAAUCACAGCAAGAUAGCAAAUUAAGUAAUCAAGAUGCUGAAGAUGAUUAUUUGGUGGGCGGACGUAAGAUGACAAUAUUUCCCAUAACAAUGUCUUUGAUAUCAAGCUUCAUUUCCGGCAUAACAUUGCUGGGCACGCCCACCGAGGUGUAUUUGUAUGGCAUCCAGUAUUUAUAUAUUAUUGGCUCCAUGAUCAGCAUGGGCUUUCUCAUGCAUUAUUUCUAUUUGCCAGUGUAUCAUGAGCUGAAAUUAAUCUCCACUUAUCAAUAUUUAGAGUCACGUUUUGAUAGAAAAGUUAGAUUGUUUGGUUCCAUACUGUUCAUAUGUGGCACGAUGCUGUGGCUGCCCAUUGUGAUUUAUGUCCCAGCUCUGGCAUUUAAUCAAGCUACGGGAGCUAAUAUUCACUUUGUUACACCACUGGUGUGUGUGGUGUGUAUAUUUUACACCUGUGUGGGCGGCUUAAAAGCUGUGGUUUGGACCGAUGUCAUACAAACCUUAAUCAUGUGCGGUGCCAUGGUUUUGAUAAUGAUCAAGGGCACCAUAGAUAUUGGGGGUCCUGGAGUGGUGUUUCAAAAGGCAUAUGAUAGUGGCAGAAUAGAGCCUCCAAACUUUACUUUUGAUAUUACAGAACGUUAUACCGUCUACUCCUUGGUUAUAGGAGGUAUUCCUCAUUGGCUGAAAUCGAAUGCCAUUAAUCAGAAUAUGAUCCAACGUUAUUUGUCUUUGCCCACGUUGAAAAAAGCUCAAAGCGCUAUAUGGUAUUUUAUAUUGGGCGUUUUGAUAUUCUUGGUGAUCUGUGGUUAUAGUGGUUUAUUGAUCUAUGCCACCUAUUCGGAUUGUGAUCCUUUGGAAACUAAGCUGGCCAAACGCAAUGAUCAAUUACUGCCUCUCUUGGUAAUGGAAACUCUGGGAGAUUUGCCUGGUUUACCAGGUUUAUUUGUGGCUGGAGUUUUCUCAGCUGCCUUAUCUUCCCUCUCCACCGGCCUUAACUCCAUGUCUGCUGUGAUCUUGGAAGACUUUUUUAAAAUGUUUGCCCGCAAACCUUUAACCAAAAGGGAAACCUCAUUUAUUAUGAGAAUAGUGGUGGUAGUGUUUGGUUUUAUUUGUGUAGCUCUGGUAUUUGUAGUGGAAAAAUUGGGUACGGUGCUGCAGCUAAGUAUAACACUGUCAUCUGUGGCCAAUGGUCCUUUGUUGGGCAUAUUUACCUUGGGUGUAAUGAUACCUUGGGUGGGAGAGAUUGGAGCCUUAGUAGGCGGCUGCACGGGUCUCAUAUUCAUGGCCUGGAUGUGUAUUAAGGCCCAGCUGGAUAAAAUCAGUGGGGCUGUGGUGUAUGUGCGCAAACCUUUUACUACGGCUGGCUGUAAUUAUACUUUCCCCGAUAUGGCGGCCUUAAAUUUGGUGGCUGAAAAUGUUACAGAUACUCUAGAGGAGGCCAGUGAUGUUCCCUUUAAGAUCUACAAUAUUUCCUAUCUCUAUUACACCAUGGUGGGUGCUGUUAUCACCAUUGUGGUGGCUUUAAUUGUUAGCUUUUGUUUGGGUUUCAAUAGCAUAAGUCGUGUGGAUCCCAAGCUCUUGUCGCCCUUUGUAAGACGUUGGCUGGAGCGUCGUAAAUUGGGCAAACCUGUGGUACCCUCUGCCACCGAUCCCAAACUAACAAAUGGCAAUUUUCAAACGAUACAGGAAACAAAAACAUAA